CGGCAGUAUAGCCACACUCUUGAGCAAGCUCUCAAGGUCGAAAUCCUCGUCAAUUUUCAACGAAGUAAGCAUCCUAAACACACCUUACAGCCAUCCUAGUAUCUGUAGCUAUUCUGCUGUCGAGUCUCGACCAGAAAGUGUGACAGAACAUCAUGGAUGCAAUUCGUGACCUUUGGAUGUAUUGCUGACCUCAUUUCACAGAUGCCCUUCGUCAAGACCAUCAAGACCAAUGCGUACUUCUCGCGUUUUCAAGUGAAGUAUCGUCGAAGAAGAGAGGGGAAGACGGACUACUACGCCCGCAAACGCUUAGUUAACCAAGCAAAAAACAAAUACAACUCGCCUAAAUACCGUCUGGUCGUUCGCUUCACUAACAAGCAGGUUAUUUGCCAGAUAAUCUAUGCCCGUAUUCAGGGUGAUUUCGUUUUUGCAGCAGCUACCUCAAAGGAGCUGCCUCGAUAUGGCAUCAGCCAUGGUCUCACUAACUGGACCGCUGCCUACGCUACUGGCCUCCUCGUUGCACGUCGUGCUCUCACAAAACUUGGUUUGGCAGACAAGUAUGAGGGUGUCACUGAGCCCGACGGAGAGAUUAAGUUGGUCGAGCGCCCUGAGGAUGACAAGGAGGGCCCGCGGCCGUUCAAGGCGUACCUUGAUGUAGGGCUUCGCCGUACGAGCACUGGGCACCGUGUCUUUGCGGCCAUGAAAGGUGCUAGCGAUGGCGGUAUUCACAUCCCCCACAACGAGAAGCGUUUCCCUGGCUACGACAUUGAGAGCAAAGAGCUGGACGUUGAAGUCCUGAAAAAGUACAUUUAUGGUGGCCAUGUUGCAGAGUACAUGGAAAGCUUAGAAGAGGAAGAUGAUGAGCGUUUCAAGAGGCAGUUCGCUUCCUAUCUUGCUGAUGGCAUUGGUUCAGAAGAUAUCGAAGAGCUAUAUACGAACGCAUAUGCUGCCAUUCGGGAGGAUCCCACCUUCAAGCCUACUGAGAAGACCACGGACUGGAAGGCUGAAUCGAAGAAAUAUAAGGUUCCCCGUCUCACGAACGAGCAGCGCAAGGCUCGCAUACAGGAGAAAAUUAAGGCCUUGCGGGGUGAGGGCGAAGCUGAGGCAGAUGAUGAUGAUGAGAUCGAAGAGGAGGAUGAAGAGUGAAGUCUCCAUGAUUUUCCGCCCUUCCCCGUUCUUCAUGUGCUUCAUCUUAUGCGACAGCAGUCGCACAUAUACGAUCUAUGCCUCUGCAUGCAUUCCUUCAAUGAUUGUGUAUCUCACCCCGCUCCAAUCCAUCGUUGCAUAAAUUGAAAUAAUCCG